AGUUGAAUGACAUUUUUUAUUGUUCGAGUAUAUGUGACUGGAUUAUUUUGGAUAUUGGACCUCUGACAUUACAAAUUAUCCAACUGAACAGAAUGACUGAUUCAUGGCUACACCUCCUCGUCUUGAUGCUAACAGGACUGUCAACGUGUGUGGCACAAGUGUGCAGCAGGCCUCCGCUAGGGAAGCGUAUCGUGGGAGGAGUUGAAGCAUCAGCAGGGGCAUGGCCAUGGCAAGUGGACAUUCAGAUGGGAGCCAAUGUCCAUGUUUGCGGUGGAUCCAUAAUUGCAAAAAAUUGGGUCCUCUCUGCUGCACACUGCUUUCCUAACCCCUCAGACGUGUCUUCGUAUCGCCUGUACAUGGGACGCCAUCUGCUCAAUGGCUAUAACCAGUUUGAGAUGGUCAGUCAGGUGCAGCGAGUGGUUGUUCCAGAAGGAUACACAAACCCUCAGAAGGGCAGAGAUGUAGCCUUAGUGAAGCUGCGCUCUCCGGUCACCUGGUCAGACAGGAUCCAGCCUGUGUGUCUACCAUAUGCUGGAUUCCAGUUUAACAGUGGAACCUUAUGCUACGUCACAGGUUGGGGACACACACAGGCGGGUGUUUCCCUCACUGGAGUUGGGGCGCUCCGGGAAGUGCAGCUGCCCAUUAUUGACCAGUCCUCCUGCCAGUCAAUGUAUCAGAUUUUGUCAUCUGAUUUAGUAACAGUCGACAUCCUAUCAGACAUGAUCUGUGCUGGAUAUACAGAAGGAGGCAAGGAUUCCUGUCAGGGGGACUCUGGAGGCCCUCUGGUUUGUCCUGGUGGCAAUGGGACUUGGAUUCAAGCAGGGGUUGUAAGUUUUGGACUUGGGUGUGCUCAGAAGAACCAGCCAGGUAUCUAUUCCAGAGUCUCAAGCUUUGCGAGUCUCAUCCGCACCACAGUUCCAGAAGCUCACUUUUUCGGUCACGCUCGGAGGAGUGAAAGUCAAACGCUUCUGGUUCUAGGCCUCUCUUUUGCAUUAAUACUUUUGUAUAGAUAGUGUAUUAGUGUUGUAUAGAUAGUAUAUGUAAUGUACAUGUGAAACACAAUCUCAAGUUUUGAAGCACCACAAGUUUUGUUUGUGUGGUAUUGAUUUACCAUAUUUUGAAUGCUUUCGUGGGGCAAAACAUGUACUCACUGCAAAGCUUCAGAUGUAUUGCAAAUUAUUUUUAAUAAUAAUGUAAUAUGUGACAUGUUUAUGAUGGAGAGAUCUGGCCAUCUGAUCCUUCCUAAGCACAGAUCUAGUUUGUGGUUAUUGUGUAUUAGAUUUUAUUUAAAAUGCAAUUUCAGUAAUAUCACCAAGACCUUGGAACACUGUAAAAUGCCAAUAUCCUAAUUAACAGGAUAAAUACAAUAUAAUUUUGUAUUUCUUGUAUUGAUUAUUUGUAAUGAAAAAUCUAAUUAAUUUGAUUGCACAAGGCAUAUUAUUGCACAUUACAGCUUGGUGUGUUCUACUGCUGUCACUCAUGCAUUCAAUACCAGUGUUGUAACUUCUUAAAUAAUUUUAGAAUUUAUAUUAAAUUAGAAU